AAGAAGAAACAAAGAUAGAGCAAGCAGCUAAAAAUAAGGUUUCUUGAAUUGAAAAAAAAAAUACCACCAACUUUCGCUUCAACAUCGAACACUUUGAAGUUUGAACAGCAAUGGUUGAUCCUUCUAUUCGUCUUUCAAAUUCUAAUCAGAACCUCCCAAAAUCUGCAAAUGCUUUCAAUUGGGUCUAUCUGUCUCUCUCUCAGAACUCCUCCAAAACCUCUAAAACCCUCUAAAACCCCUAAACCCAUUCGCAAGCUUUAUGCAACUAAAGCAAUGGCUGGAUCAAACCCCAAAAAAUUUUCAACCUUUGAGUUUAGCGAUUUGAUGGAGACUUUUGCGGUGGAUGUUAAGAGGGCAGAAAAUAGGCCAUUGAAUGUGCCAUUGAUUGCACCUUUUACAAUAGCUUCAUCAAGGCUUGAUAAAGUGGAGAACGUGGCAAUUAGGAUUGAAUUGAGUGAUGGUUGUGUGGGGUGGGGCGAGGCACCGAUAUUGCCAUUUGUUACUGCAGAGGAUCAGUCCACUGCUAUGAUUAAGGCUAGAGAGGCUUGUGAGUUGCUGAAGAACAGUUCAUCGAUGAAGUUGGGCUUGGUUUUGGAGAGAGUUUCUGAGAUUCUUCCCGGACAUGAAUUUGCUUCUGUUAGAGCAGGAGUCGAGAUGGCAUUGAUUGAUGCAGUGGCUAAAAGCAUCAAUGUACCUUUAUGGAUAUUAUUUGGUGGAGCUUCUGAUAGCAUAACAACUGAUAUAACAAUUCCAAUUGUAUCUCCUGCAGAAGCUGCUGAAUUGGCUUCAAAGUAUCGGAAACAAGGAUUCCAAACUUUAAAGUUGAAGGUGGGAAAGAACCUUAGGGAGGACAUAGAAGUUCUUCAAGCUAUACGUGCGGUCCAUCCUGAUUGCUUAUUUAUCUUGGAUGCUAAUGAGGGUUAUAAACCAGAGGAAGCUAUUGAAGUUCUUGAAGAAUUGCACAAAAUGGGGGUAACUCCCAUUCUUUUUGAACAACCAGUUCAUAGAGAUGAUUGGGAAGGUCUUGGUCAUGUUACUCAUAUUGCGAAAGGCAAAUAUGGGGUAUCUGUUGCAGCAGAUGAGAGUUGUCGUAGUUUAGUUGAUGCAAAGAGAAUAAUAAAAGGAAAUCUUGCAGAUGUCAUUAACAUUAAGCUUGCUAAAGUUGGUGUUGUUGGGGGACUUGAAAUUAUUGAGGAGGCAAGGACAUCAGGAUUGGAUCUGAUGAUUGGUGGAAUGGUUGAGACCAGACUAGCCAUGGGCUUUGCUGGUCAUCUUGCUGCUGGCUUUGGCUGUUUCAAGUUCAUUGAUUUGGACACACCCCUUUUACUGUCAGAAGAUCCUGUCCUUGAGGGUUAUGAAGUAUCGGGUGCUGUUUACAAAUUCACAGAUGCUCAAGGGCAUGCUGGUUUCCUUGACUGGGACAAUGUUUUGUGGUAAGUUUUAUAUUACCAUCUUGACCCUCCAAUUCACCUGAACAAAAAUGACAUACUUUAUCGCUAAUAUUUAGAAUGUUUUAUACUUUGGAAUAUCAGUGAAUCACAUUAUCAUCCAGAUAAUGUUAAGAGGAUGAUGGUCAGUUAUCUUUGUCUCCAAUUUUACAGUUGUCUCUAAUAUUGCUGUGUUACAUAUGAGCAUUUGGCAAAAUCUAUCAAAAUAUGGAUAGUUUUAGUUCCUUCAAAGAAAUUCUCGUAGAAGCAAGUGCAGGUAUAUGAUACAGAUUCCUACACCACCCAUUAUCAACGAGCAUGAUUACUGGAAAAUCAGCUAAUUGGUUUCUCUUAAAAUUAAAGAAAUCUUCAAUAAAACAACAAACAGCUUGGUAUUGCAAACUAGAUUCUCUAAAGGUUGCAAUACCAAAAUUACAUUUUUUUUUUGUUGAUUUCUUUGGCAUAUAGAAUUGCCUGCUCUUGAGUUGCAUGAAGCCUUUUCUCAGAGAGGCAUUAUUGCCUCAGCAAGAAAAUGCUUGUGUGUGUAUAUGCUUCGGGAAGGAUCAUAAGCUUUCAGGGAUCAUAACGGUAGUUAUUGUAUGUAAGGGCAAGCAUUCUGUUAAUUCAUUUCAACUUUGAGUUAUAUGAUUCAUUUCAAAAAUUUCUGUAUUGUUCAUUUACAGAACUGGACCAAACACUGGGAAAGAGAACUUAAUUGGUCUGAGCAGUUUGGUAUUCAGUUUCUCUUGAUAGCACAAAAAGUUAUUUGAAUACUUCUCACAUCUGCCCUUGAAUAGAAUGAGUUAUUUCCACGACUUUCUUUGCAGAUAUGUUACUUUGUUGCUUAACGGACAAAUGCACAGAGAAGAUUACAUUUCAGAAAGAAAAUGAAAAAGCCUGUUCUACACCUUCAGAUUGCGAUUUAUGACUAAUUUCCUUGGCUGUCUUUCGUCCUUUCAGGGGUUGGGAUUAAAACGUGUAAUUAUCAUUCUACUUCAAACCAAGAUUCAUAUUGUUGUUAUUUAGAACUUAAUCUAAAUCAGGCACACAACUACUUAUCAAA